AUGUCUUCAAAUUUUCAUUUGGCAAGUGAUAAAUUGGGUUCAAGGAUUAUAGAAUGUAGCGAUGAAUUUUUUGCUGAUGCUUCAAACUUGUUGAAACCAGAAAAGGCAGUGAUUAAAUUAGGGUUUCCAGGAUAUGUAAAUGGAUUUGAUAUUGAUACUUCACAUUUCAUUGGUAAUCACGCUCCAUUUGCCGACGUUGAAUGUUGCUGUAUGAUAGAUAAAGAUCCUAUUCAUAAUGAUCAUGCCAAGUGGGAUAAAAUGUUGGAUAAAGUAGAAUUAGGACCAAAUGCUCAACAUUUCUUUGGAAUUUCAGGAAAUCCACAAAAAUAUUAUACUCACAUUAAAAUAAAUAUUUAUCCUGAUGGCGGUGUGGCAAGAUUUAGGGUUUAUGGAACAGUUUUUGCCAGUUUCCCAAAAAAUCCAACUGAAUUAUUUGAUUUGGCUUUUGUUGGUAAUGGUGGUACAAUAUCUUCAUAUUCUGAUCAACAUUUUGGUAAAGUAAGUGAUUUAUUAUUACCCGGUAGAGGAAAUAAGAAUAUGAGUGAUGGUUGGGAAACUAGACGCUCCAGAGAACCAAAUCAUAAAGACUGGUGUAUUGUCAAAUUGGGAUGUCCUGGAUACUUGGAAAAAGUUGAAGUUGACACUGCUUAUUUCAAAGGAAAUUAUCCUGAUUCUGUCGAGUUAGAAGGUUGUUUCAGCGGUAAUCCGGAGAUUUCUGAUUUGAAAUCAAAGUGGACUAUAAUAUUACCAAAGACAAAAUUGUUUCCACAUAAACAACAUUAUUUUGAUUUACUCAAACUGGAUGGGAAAAUAUCACACGUCAGAAUGAACAUUUAUCCAGACGGAGGAGUGAAAAGAUUACGUAUUUGGGGUCGUAGAGAAAUUCCAAGAAUUGAACUCGAUUCUAAAUUAAUAUUAUCGCCAUCAUUAAAUAACAUUACCGAGGAUUGGUUAAAUAUUAUAAUAACAGCAGAACCUUUAACAAUGUCAUCUUAUUCAAAAUAUGGUAAUGUAAUUCAAUCAGCUUCUGAACAGCAGCAACAAUCUUGGCUAUCGUCAUCACCUUCUGUAACAUUAACCUAUCAAGGGAUUAAAGUAACAUCUGCAAAUCAAGGCGAACAAAAUAAAAAAUAUUCAAUUGCUCAACCAAAUUUAAGCAUAUUCAAAUGUCAACCAAUUAAAAAUAUUCCAUUCAAGCUGGAUUUAUUGGAAAGGCAUUUAUAUAGUAGUCAACUAUUUGUUCCCAUGAACAGUGGUAAUUUACGAGGCUAUUUGAUUAUUGUUUGUCUAAAUGGUUUAGAUGAUAAACCUGAUUUAAGAACUUUGAAAGCUUUCGUUGCUUCAAAUGUUCAGGGUGUAAGUUAUAAUCCUGGUACUUGGCAUCGUCCCAUAAUUGCAUUAGAACACGUUACUGAUUUUAUUUGCUUGACUUAUGAAUCGGGUGUUCCAGAUGAAGAUUGUGAAGAGGUAUUGAUUUUAGAUAAUAUUACAAUUCAAGUUCCUGGAUUUAAUGGAAUCAAUAUCAAUAACCAAAUAGAUACACCAGAGUGGGUUAAAAUCUACAACGAUAAUACAAAUAUUAGUUAG